GUCAGCUCAGUUUAUUUCCCCGGGACUUCAGCCUCUAACACCAGAUACAGUUUCCUGGCUUUUAUUCUUAUAAACAGACACCUUGGACCUUCUGGACUUCACUGUUUGAAUCUAUAUUUUCUUCCAGUUCCUGCUGCUGUCAGGCUGCACCGAGCUUUUCUCACAGCCUCUGGGUUUUCCUGGUGAUGACCUCACUGCUGUUCCCUGGCAACGCCCACGCUGCGAUGAAGGACCUCUCCUCUUCCUCCUCUCCUCUCACCUCCCUGCUCCACUACCCGUCCUCCAAAACCUCCGUCGCGCCCUUCUCCCCGUCCGCUGGCCCCGCCUCCACUCCUGGGUCGACGCUGUCGUCGGCUCCUCUCUCCAAACCUCAGCCCUUCUGCCUGCAGACGGGGCCUCAUCUCAUCGCCAGCAUGCAGUUGCAGAAGCUCAACUCGCACUACCAGAACCUCACCGGUGCUUCUGUUGGACACCCAGCACCCGGCGGAGCUCAAAGGGGCUUCGGAUCCUCGCCUCUGGGCACUGGCAACCAGCUCCUGGGGCCUUCUGGAGGCCUUGGAGGAGGCGGGAUGGGGGUCGGGAUCGGCAUGGGGAACCAGGGCUCCGGUGCAGGUGGAAUUAUCGACUUUGACCCCGUGGACGAGGAGGUGCUCAUGUCGCUGGUGGUGGAGCUGGGCUUGGACCGAGCCAACGAGCUGCCCGAGCUCUGGCUGGGUCAGAACGAGUUUGAUUUCAUGUCGGACGUGCCGGCCGGAUGCUGACCUUCGAGAAGAAAGAUAUCCAGAUGCGGUGGAAUUGCUUGACAAAGAGAGAGAAGACUUUCUCUCCCCUGUUUUGUUUUUCUCUUUCCUCCCUUACUUGGUUGAUAACACGAGGAAACAGAAGAGACACAGAGUGAUAAAGAGAAAGAGAUUAGAGACAUACUCCUGUUUCUACUUUGCUUUCAUGCUCUCUAUGGGCAGACAGAGGGACUGGUGAGGAAAAGGACAGAUUGAGGUGAAAGAGAGCGUGAUCUGUUUUUCAUUUCAUUCAGUCAGUUUAUUUUUCUUUGCCAGGACGAAAGUGGCGGUUGAACCCCGGCCUAAUGGGAUUAAGAAUUCUUUUGUUUCGCUGCGUCCCACUCUAAUUUUUCUUUUUCCUUUUCGUGUAAAGAAGAAAAACAGAAACAGCAGAAACAAGGAGUCGUACAAAGACACUUCAUCGCUCCUGUCCUCUUCCCUCCAUCACUCCCUCUUGCAGGCUUCAUCAAAACCAGGUGAUUUUAAUACAAGGAGGUUUGGCGAAGACAAACGAAGUCGGUCUCUUGGAAACAAACAGCGCGGAUGACGAAGACACACCUGUUGGACUUCUCUCUCUCUCUCUCUCUCUCUCUCUCUCUCUCUCUUCUCUCUCGAUCACGUCAGGAAAACGAAGAUGGGAAACAUGACUUUAUGGGAGAUUCGUGAAGGAUGACAAACACUAUGUUUCCUGUUUUCUUAAUGGACAAUAUUAGACUCUGGUCUCACGGGAAAGAGACUCCUGUCUCUCGGCUUCACAAAGAAACUGAUUGUCUGAGAACUUGUUAUCUCAAUGUACUUCUCUUUCUUUCUGUUUUUUUUUUUUUUUUUUGUUUGAAUUUACUUCAACCAGUCGCAUUCAAAGAACAUGUUAUUUAAGACAGUGGCUGAUAUCCAUCAGGUCUCUUGGACAAGGAGGGCUUCUGUAGCGCAUCUAUUAUCAGUUCUACUUUUCUGAACGUAAUGAAUUAGAUCAAGAGACGAGGAAUCUGAAUGGAGUAAAUUGUUUCUCAGCCGCAUUAAAAACGGUCGAGGCCUUACGGUCAUGUGAGUCGCCGCUACAUGUACUUUGUUCUGUUUCCUGACCUGCAGUGUAAGAAACACUGACCUCCGUGGUCAAGUCAAACCAGUGUCAAUGAUUCUGGGUAGCACUUCCUUGUACAUUGAGGAUACAAGGUUUUGUCAACAUGUGUGGACAUAAACUGAUUGAUUCACACGUCCUCCUCUGGUUUUUGUUUUUCCUGUCCUGCCACUUUUGUGUUCAUGUCAAAACAGUUUGUUUAGCCCCAACAAACACUUCUUAUCGCCGCACUUCCAUGUGGCUGAUAAGGAAGCUCCGUCUGUUUUGUCAUCACUGGGCCUGGAGGCUCGUGUUUGCGAGGGCUGUCUCCAGAUGCUGGUCCGCACGCGUGCAGGCGUUAAGAAGGUUUGAAUGGGACCAAAGGGGGUUGAAGUUAGUGGCUGACAUGUUUGCAUCAUUUAUCAGUUCACGUUCAUUCUUCACUGUCUCUUGAAGGCAGAGGCGAUUCGUAGAAAACAUCUGGACAAGCUAUCGGUGCACCCUCUGGCAGCCAUAUUUGUCCAUCUUGUCUGGACCAGAGAGAACAGCCUUUUGUCCACUUGCCAGUUGCAAAAAAAAUCACUUUCACCUAAACAUUUAAUCCUGGCUAAGUUACUCGCAGAAACUAGCGUUAGCAAAUCCAGUAUGUGGAUAGCACCGCUGCUGAAAUAUCAAAAAACACAUGAAAAAAUAUCAAGUUUGAAAACAGUAGUUAGACAAAACAAUACCAACUCAAGGUCCACUUAAAUCUUUUUUCCAGAG